AUGGCGGUAUCUGAGAACGCAUUGGGACCGCGGGUGCCAGGACGUGUUGGAGGCGGUUUGCUUAUAGGAAGAAAAGAGGGCGUCGCUGAGCGAUUGGAGCGCAAAGGCAAGAACGGAACUGUCGUCCGACCAUACAGCCCUACUGCUGAAGAGCACGGUCCGAACGGCCUUGCAGUCCGCUUUCUAGAUGGUAGCUGCGUGUUUGAAGCUCCGCUUGUGGGGAUACCGCGCUAUGCCAUCUUACCACAUCGGUGGCGAGACGAAGAGGUUCUCUUUGCCGAUCCGAAUGGCAAUAUCACUGUCGCGCAGGCGAAGAAGGGUCACCUGAAGCUUCUAGCCUAA